AUUUCCAGCCCCCACAGACUCCUCAAAUAAGAGAGCAAGACAUCACAGCAGAGAGGAGGAGCGGCUGCCGGGCUGAUAGAAGGAAGCCUGUGAGUCAGACAGAGCGGAGGGUGGGAGUAGACACACACACACGUUCCGAGAAAGCAUGGCUGGGGACAGCGAGCAGGCACUGCCCAAGCACUCCCCUCAGAAUGGGCAGCCUUUCCUCAUCGGGGUGAGCGGGGGCACAGCCAGCGGCAAGUCCUCAGUAUGCUCGAAGAUUGUUCAGCUCCUAGGGCAGAACGAGGUGGACCACCAUCAGAAGCAGGUGGUGAUGCUGAGUCAAGACAGUUUCUACCGAAUACUAACUCCGGAGCAAAAAAGCAAAGCACUAAAAGGACAAUUUAAUUUUGAUCACCCUGAUGCCUUUGACAAUGAACUUAUUUUGAAGACCCUCAAAGAGCUCAUGGAAGGGAAAACUGUACAGAUUCCAGUAUAUGACUUUGUUACCCACUCCAGGAAGGAGGAGACUUUGGUUGUGUACCCUGCAGAUGUGGUUCUGUUUGAAGGAAUCCUGGCUUUCUACAUGCAGGAGAUUAGGGACAUGUUUCAGAUGAAGCUUUUUGUGGACACUGAUGCAGACACAAGACUCUCAAGAAGAGUGCUUCGAGACAUUAAUGAGCGCGGGAGGGACCUGGAGCAAGUUCUUACUCAGUACAUCACUUUUGUGAAGCCAGCCUUUGAAGAAUUUUGCCUGCCUACCAAGAAAUAUGCUGAUGUAAUCAUUCCCAGAGGCGCAGACAAUGUGGUGGCCAUUAACCUCAUUGUUCAGCACAUUCAGGAUAUUUUAAAUGGAGGUUUAACCAAGAGGCAGACUAAUGGCUACACAAACGGUUUCACCAGCCCUAGGACCAGGCAUCCCUCUGAUUCUAACAGCAGUCGACCUCACUAAAGUGCUUGCUACACCAUGGACUCUGUACAUACUGUUUACCUAAACGCUGUAUAUUCCAAGCCCCUUUUGCUCUGGGAGGCCGUACGUAGCAGGAUCUUUAACUUGGAGAAAUGCGAUUUCAUACGGAAAGUGUGAUUGUUGCCAAGUACUGUGUAGAACGUGGGUCACUUUGGUGGUAGCCCAUGUCCACUCCUGCAGAACUUCGCUGGUUUGUGGGUUGAAAAAUCCAUGAACUUCUAUGCCAAUGCCGCCGCAUUCUUUGUUUUUUUUUUUUGUUUUUUUAAAAAAAACUCCAUUGGACUAGGUAAGAUGGGAGGGGUGGUUAUGGUGAUGGAGGAAUGAAUAAACUGCAAAACUUGAACAACCAUAGUGACUACUGCAAGAAUGAUAUCCAAAAAAAGCCACCUUGGAAUCCAAUAUAUAAAUAUAUACAAAUGUUAUAUAUAGAUAUGAGAUCUAUAUUUUUGUCUACAUGUACAAUUGUAAUAUUAUAUACCACAAAAGUAUUUUACAAGCUUUUGGUAUUCUCUGGGUAACCUUAUGGGCAGGGAGACUGAGCACGCAAGAAUCGGUACAGGGCACGUAAUGGGGUAAGGAUUUCUCUUGCUAGGCCCCUGCAUUCCUCUGUCUGCUGUUGUGCUGUUAGGGCGUUGCUAGACUGGGUUGGGCAAACGAUACUGACACCCGGUGUUGGUGAACGUGAUUCAUUGCUCUUUCCUCAAGCAGUUUCAUCACUGUUGCAUAACACUUUGAUAGUAUUCCCAAAAAGUUGUUUAAUGCGCUUCAUCUUGUUUCCUGUGACUGAAGGCUUCGUUCUGCUUAAAAUGAACUACUUCACUACUGUGAAAUUCUUAGAAAGUUUGCAGUCUAAUUUUUUUGUAAUUUUUUUUCCUUGGCAUUUACAACUGGUUGCUAAGUUCCAUUGCCAUAGUUUGAAAGUCAGAAUGGAAGAUAUGGGAUGGCCUGUAUAGAAAGAAAAGACAUAUAUAUUUUAUAAAAGGUCACCUGUUUUUUGGGUUGGUAGGGUCAGUGACCCAAACAAGCAAAUUUCAGUUGCAGGCUAGAGUAAAGCAGAAUAAAAAACAAAUAAAUAAAAAAAA